UACAAAUUUAAAAAAAUGUUAAAUUACGUAAAGUGUGCAUUAAUAAUCAUUGUGUUUGUGACAAACUCAAAGUGCAAUCUCGAACCCCAGGAAAACCAAGAGUUUUGUACUAUGACCGACGAGCUUGAAGAAAAGUGUAGUACCCUUUGCUAUCCGACUGUAAAGCCCCUGCUUAAUUACGUCGGAAAGUGCCAUCAAAAUAACGAGCUAAUGUCUCAGUUGCAAGAUAAAGUACACGAACAAGAAUUUCUAAUAAAUCAAUAUAAGAUGGAAAAUGAUAGGUUAAAAGUUCAGAUAAAAGAAAAUUUAAAUGCGGCCGAAUUUAGUAAUCAACUAGAACAAGCUCUUGAAAGAAAUCGAAUGGUUAUGGGUGAGUUAGAUGCGGAACUUAAAAAGUUGAGAACGCCUGAUUCGUCGAAGGAAACCAUAUCCGAUCUAAGUGAAGAGGUUACCAAGAUAAACCAGGGAAAUAGCGAACAUGAGAAUAUCGCGGAGGAAGAAGAUUUACCCGCCAGUUGUUCGGAUAUUGAGGAUGCUAAUGGUGUAAAGCAUAUAAGAGUACCUGGCUUUAAAUCCAUUCUCGUAUUAUGCGAUUCAACCUCUGUGGUUCCUGCUUGGACGGUGGUUCUUCGCAACCAAGGUGAUGAAAACUUUAACCGCAACUGGACCGAAUAUAAAAAUGGAUUUGGGGAUUUAAAUGUGUCCUUCUUCAUUGGAUUGGAAGCAUUGUAUCAGAUGACUCGAUCGCAGCCCCAUGAAAUGUUCCUUGUUGUUGAUUUUAAGAAAAAAGAUCCAGUCGCAGCACAAUUUGAUAAUUUUGUCAUUGGAGGAGAGUCUGAAGAUUACAGACUGAAGUCGAUUGGAAGUCGCUCAGGGGCAGAAAUACUUUUCUUGGAAAAACAACUGGGCUCGAAGUUUACAACGUAUGAUCGUAACAACGGCGGAACAGAAACUAAUUUUGCAAUUCAAAAUGAAGGCGGUUGGUGGUACUCAAAGUAUAGUGACGGAAGUUUCACAAGCUUGCUGGAAGAUACUGAAAUUAUAGCUCGUUUUAUGAUGAUACGCAGAAAAUCAUCUGAAAACAGAUACUAAAAUUUGUAAAUAAUAAUAAUAAUUUGUGUAUAAUAAACAACUUUCUGAUUUUAGGAA